AUGAAGACCCAGUUAGCCGCAGCCCUUCUUGCUUCAGGCGUCUCUGCCACCUUUGUGCACUUGGACGCCAACCAAGUAGCAUUCCAAUCCGAACAAUCUGCUUCUCUCGAGGAAAAAUGGGACGGCUUGUGGCCCUUCCAAGGCAUCAACACCUUUGCCCACUUGGACCACCACAAGUGCUUGCUUGACCCAGAAACCCCCUACGACGUUGCUCUCAUUGGUGUUCCUUUCGACACCGCUGUUUCGUACAGACCAGGAGCCAGAUUUGGUCCCAGAGCCAUCAGAGCCGCUUCCCAAAGACAAACCUCGUUGAGAGGCUACAACCAGAGAGCCAACUUCAACCCCUACCAGUCAUGGGCCAAGGUGAUCGACUGUGGAGACAUUCCUGUGACUCCUGUGGACAAUUCCGUGGCAUUUCUCCAGAUGACUGAGGCGUUCAAGGAAUUGAUCUCGGAAAGAAAGUCUGUGGACUCCACCUCCGUUCCUCCCAGAUACGUCGCUUUGGGAGGAGACCACUCCAUCUUGUUGCCUCACAUGAGAGCCCUCCACAAGAUCUACGGACGCUUGAACGUGAUCCAUUUCGAUGCCCAUUUGGACACCUGGGCCCCAGACAAGUACCCAUCGUUCUGGCACUCGGACCAGAGUGAAAUCAACCACGGAUCCAUGCUCUGGAAGGCUCACGAAGAGGGCUUGACCACCAGACACAACGUGCACGCUGGGUUGAGAACCAAGCUCUCAGGCUUGGAAGACUACGAGGACGAUGACACCCAGCACUUCCUCCGUAUCCACGCAGACGACAUCUGGUUGAAGGGUCCAGAAUACGUGGUCAAGCAGAUCUUGGACACUGUGCCUGCUGACACCCCCACUUACAUCUCUGUGGAUGUCGACGUGUUGGACCCAGCGUUCACCAGUGGUACUGGUACCCAAGAACCUGGUGGAUGGUUGCCCAGAGAGCUCAUCCAUAUCUUGAGAAGCAUCGAAGGCUUGACUGUGGUUGGGGGAGACGUGGUGGAGGUAUCGCCUGCGUACGACAAUGCCGAAAUCACCUCCACUAACGGGGCCCAGAUUGCCUAUGAAUUGAUCACCAGCAUGGUCAAGAAGGGUAAGAUCGACCCAUCGUUGGUUGCCAGGGAGUUGAUAUAG